AUGAUAGGCCCAGCUCUGCGAAUGGAAAGAUGUGCAAUGUCUUGGAACACUACAGAUUUCAUUCCUCUCCACUCUGUGUCUACUGAGUCAUUGUCUGUGGACACGUUCUCCCACAAGAAAGACGUGUAUGUGGCCAUCGCUGCUCCCAACAUAGAGAGCUGCAUGGUGCUCCAAUGGGACCACAUCGAGAUGAACUUCAGGAGUUACGACAACAUCACAGGUCAGUCCAUAGUUGGCUGCAGGUCUGUGAUCAUCCAGGAGCAGGUGUUUGUCAUCGUUGCUCAACUCUUUGGUGGUUCCCACAUCUACAAGUUUGAUGAAGACCAAAGCAAGUUCACGAAGUUCCAAGACAUUGAGGUAUCCAAGAUUUCCAAGCCGAAUGACAUUGAGGCAUUUCAGAUCGGCAAUGACUGGUUCUUCAUCAUCGCUGACAGCUCGAAGGCUGGACUUUCUACUCUCUACAAAUGGAACGACAAGGGCUUCUACUCCUACCAGUCACUUCACGAAUGGUUUCGUGAUACAGACGCAGAGUUUGUGAAUUUGGACGGUAAGGCCCAUCUUAUCCUAGCGAGCCGUUCCCAAGUACCGGUCAUUUACCAGUGGAGCAGGAGCACUCAGAAGUUUGCCUUGCAAGGGGAAAUCCCUAACAUGGAAGAUGUAGUCGCUGUCAAGACCUUCUGGAUCAAGGAGGAUCUUUAUCUGGCCAUGACCCGAUACAUCGGCGACUCCAAAGUCUUGCAUUGGACUGCAAAGGAGUUCUCAGAGGUCCAGGCCCUUCCUUCGAGAGGCUCCAUGAUCCUGCAGCCAUUUUCCUUCAAAGAAAGGUACUACCUGGCUCUGGGAAGCGACUACACCUUCUCGCAGAUCUAUCUAUGGGAUGCAGAGGAGAAGGUUUUUGUGCGUUUCAAGGAAGUCUACAUCCAGUCUCCUCGCUCCUUCACUGUGGUCUCCACUGACCGGAGGGACUUCCUAUUCGCCUCCAGUUUUAAGGGCAGCACACAGAUUUUUGAGCAUAUCAUCAUUGAUCUCAGUCUUUGAGUAGUAAAGUAUUGAGGACACAGUCACAGUUAAAGCACGUCAGCAACCCUUCCUUUAGCAGUUGGACGUUUUUCUGGGAAGGCCCUUAGUGGGUUUUAAGACGAGGGGGGUCUGGGAAGCAUAAUCAGGUUACAGUAAUAAGUAUUACAUCAUGCAUCUGUGUAGCUUUACAUAGAUCCUGGGAGGGUUUCGACAAUUUUUGUUGUACUACUUCAUAUUCUUCUUGUUAUAUAUAACAUUUCCUUAGCCCUGCUGUAUCAGAGGACAUUUCUGCUGAACGUACAGUGCAUGGACCGCGGAAAAGAGUUGCAGUUGGCACCUGUAACUACUUAAAUCACUCUUCAUAAUGAUAUAUACUGUAACUCUGACAGCCUUUCAAAACUCUGUAAGCAACAGCUGAUAUUGUGCAUGAUGUGGCUGCAACAACAUUGAGAAAAAAAAAUACAGUUUUCAGCACAGGCAUGCAAGAUCAAAUAGUGAUACAGGUGACAAAUGCAAUCCUAUUAUCUUUAGAGACAUUUUUACCUAAUUUUUCUAUAUUUAUUUAAAUCAUGUCUCUCUUUUGGUCAGUGGACUAAGCUGUAUUGUCAAGUAAUUAUUCAAUUAAAAUGAAACGCCUCUA